AUCAUUGUCUCCCACACAGACGCACACACACAGUGAGCAGCCGCGUUUGCAGUGCGCCUGCCCCGGUGAGCAGCGCUUCUCUUCUCCUCCACUAAAACCUAAGAAGACCUGCAGGAUUUUUUUUUUUGAAAAAGGGCUUUGAGAGGCUUUAUGUGAAUUUUCAAACUGUGAAAAGUGCUUAUUUGCACGGGGUUCCUCGCGCUCUUCUCCAAUACUUUGAUGACAGAUGGAUGAGUGAAGUUUAGCUCCUCUCCCUGCGAGUAGAGAUGUAUCAGAUUGGGUCUGCACCAAUCGCAUUGCUGGCACUUCUGGUGCUCACACUCAAGGUGCCCAGGGGCCAGUCCUGCCCGAGGAGCUGUAACUGCUACCAGGCCAAUGAGGUCCACUGCACCUUCCGUUCACUGCUCACUGUUCCUCCCAGCUUGCCUGAACGGACACGACGGAUAAAUUUGGGGUUUAAUAGUAUAGGUAGACUUGAUGACAAGUCUCUGCUUGGGCUGAAGCGGGUAGAGCUUCUGAUGCUGCACAGCAAUGACCUCCAACAUCUUCCAGAUGGUGUGUUCAAAGACAUGAAAUCCCUCCAGAUACUAAAGUUGAGCUAUAACAAGCUGACAGAGAUCUCUUCAUCUCUGACCUUCUUUGGCCUGACAUCACUAUUGCGCCUUUAUUUGGAUCACAACCUCCUGCAGCACAUCCACCCCCGGGCUCUACUCCAGCUGCCUAGCCUCAGGCUGCUUCGUCUGCAAGGCAACAGGCUGCAUCAGCUGCACCCUCAUGCUCUGUGCACGCUGUCCAUCUUGAAUACAUAUUACUUUUCCACUCUGAGGCACAUAGACCUUUCCAACAACAGUCUAACUAUCUUGCCUAAAGGGUGCAUUACAACAGCGCCCCUGCUGGAGACCCUCAACCUUCAUGCUAAUCCUUGGAGCUGUGACUGCAGGAUGAAGUGGUUACUCUCAUGGAGUCUAGCUCACCCAGGUUUAUUAAAAUGUCCUGGUGGUCCUGGAUGUCCAGUUUGUGCCUUUCCUCUACUGCUUCAGGGCCAGGGUUUGCUUGAUCAGACAACUCUACAAUGCUCAGCACCGAUCAUUAACUUCCCUGGAAAAGAAAGACAUUUGGAAUCAGACCUUAGCAAAAUAAAUACAAGUGAGAACUUCAGAGAACCAUUUGGUAAUGUCUCUCUUGGGUUGUCUGACCAGCAAGGGUACAGUGUUGAUCUGAACUGCAACAUUACUCACAUUGCUGAUUCCCCGGAUAUUGCCCCUCCACCUGAUCUCUCCUGGGGUUCCUCUUCUCCUCUUUCACUAGCUUUGUCUCUACCCCUUGACUGCCCUGUAGUGGAACAAACGUACCAGAAGCUUUGGAGGAUUCUUGCUUACUACAGUGAAACUGCAGUACGCCUUGAGAAGGAGAUCAUGCUAAGUAAAGCUCCAGCAUUGGCCUACCGUUACAAGCAGACACUACAGACGGAUGGAUAUUAUCACACUGGCAUCAAAGCCUCUGUUCAAGCCAUACCAGAAUGGUUACUACAGUCAGCAAUUAGCAUCCAGCUUGACAGAGCACAGUCUAACAGGCAUACAUUUCGACUUAUCUACUCAACAAGAGUUUCUGCUCAACCUGACACACCAUUUAACCCCACACUACCCUCUCCUUCUUACCCAUGGGUGAUGAUUUUAACUAAUCAUACUAAUACAGUAGUAACAGCAGUAGCAGGCAGAGAUAUACAGCUAUCUUGUCCUUUUCUUAGUUCUACUAAUCCGAGUGUACAGUGGAUUCUUCCAGAUGGAUCUAAACUUAAUACUCCUUUCAGUAGUUUAGAUGGAAGGCUCCAGGUGUCAGCAUCAAGACUACUUCUUAAAAGGGUACAGCUGUCUGAUGGUGGGCUUUACUACUGUGUUGCCAAAGCGGGAAGAGAUGUUGAUGUUCUUCCAUUACAUCUUGCUGUUGAAGAGUCAUCUGUUCCGUAUUCAGGUGAGCUAAGUGGACCUCCUGUUUUUGGAACCAUAGGAGACUCUAUCACUCUGACCUGCAGGAUAUCCGGUUCACCAGAACCUUUGGCAAGUUGGAUUUUGCCAGAUGGAAAUAUUGCACGCCAAGGAUUAGCUGUAUCAGGGGGAUCAGUAGUACAUUUGAAUGGUAGUCUCUCUCUACUUAGGCCCACUCUGAAGGAUAGAGGAUAUUACCGCUGCAUUGCUGUGAACCAGCAUGGAAGGGACACUAUGUCAAUGGAGCUGAUAUUAAAAGCACAACAAAUUUCUGGUCUUGAGACCACAUUUCCCAGAGGACCCCAAUCAGCUUCUGGCAGGUCAACUAAGAUACCAGCCCCCAUUUUUGGGCAGAUUGAUGAAGGCUCAGGGGAUGAAGAGGAUGAAGGAAAACAGAAAACCUCCACUGGUAUCCUGAGAUAUCCUACAUCUCUGCAACAACGCCUUAACAAAAAAUAUCCAAUUAAAAAGCAACAAAGAAUUGCCCCUGUGAGAGAGGGGCCCAUGAGAAGGGUAGGGGGACCUACUUCAUCAAAUAAGCAGAUCAGUCCCCAUUUUAAGAACAGACAUAGAUUAACCACAAAGAAACACAGGAUAGACCCUCAGAAAUGGGCUGAUAUCUUGGCAAAAAUUCGUCAGAAGACUACCAACAGCACCAGUACCACUUCUGGAAUAAAACCAACAACUGAAUCUAUCUAUGAAGGCAAAGACAAACAACUGAGCGGAAAAGGAAAAGCUGAGGAUACAUAUAGGGUCAUAGCUCAUACUAUACAGGAGGAACCAGAAACUGAAGGGUCUUCAGUUGAUGACACUAAUGUAAAAGGAGAAAAACUGCAACCCAUUCAGCCUCCGAACAAAGAUGCACAGAUAGUAAAAACAAGAAAAAACAUUACAAAAACAGAAAACUUAGCUGAGAGGCCAGAGGACGAACACUUGGAUUCAGAAAUUGGCACCAAAACACAUACAGAAAAUGAAAAUAAACAAACUGUAAAAUCUGUAAGCCCAGUGAUGGAAAUAGAGCAUGUCACACUCAAUAAAUCUUCAGAAACAAAUAAUAUAGUUUUAGAAUCAACUAUGUUGCAUGAGCAAGGACCAAAACUAAGCCCAGUAAGAACUGGGUCACAGAAUCCUCAAAAAGGACUCUUUCCCAAUAUGAUCCCAAACUCUCGGCCCCGUAGUCCUUGGAACACACGAAGAAAGAUUGGACAACGAAGGCGAAAUAACAGGCCCAGGAUCCAGCCUGUAAACACGCUGCAACCCUACUCUGACCCACUUAACGUAACCACCCAAGCAGUGACACUUAAAUCAACUCCAGAUACAAUCACUGUGGCAUUGCCUGUGUCAACACCAACAUUUCCACCUAUUAUGGUGACACUAAGGGACUAUUUUAGGACCGCUCCAAAUGUUGUGACUCAGACUCCUCUAUCUUCCACGAUUUCAGAUUCUCAAAUUAAUACUACUUCAGAUUUUGUAUCACUUCCACUUAAACACUCCCCAGCAACCCAACACACAUACACAGACACAGGCCUAAUGAUUCAUUCAGGCAAAGAACAAAUAACAGAGGAGUCUGCUUUUAACAGCACACUAGCACCCACACAUUCUACAAUUAUCGUUUCAGAGGCAUAUGUGCCAGGAACUGAUAAUAGGACAUUUACACAUGCUGUACAGGCUUACACAACAACACAAACAACUUUAGGAAAACAUGCUGAGAUAACCCCGAGCAAACUCAACAAGGAGUUAGAGACAAAUGUGUUGGGUGAAUCCUACUUUUCAGUCACUCAUUCUUUAACUUCUUCUUUAGUCCCCACUGCUUCUUCAACAACCGCCAAUACAGCAAAAAUCAUAACUACUUCUUCAGCUGCUCCAAAAAAAGCUAGUUAUUUUGGCAGCACUAAAAGCCCACCAGCCUCUAUGACUAAUGAAGAUGCACCCCCCACUACAACGCAGGCUGUUAUAACAAGUCCUACCAUGUCUCCUUCAACUCCUAUUAUCACUCCAGUAUCCAGACAGACUUCAGCUGCUUCCACAAGCACUUCCCCAACUUUUUCAUCGAAGACCUCUUCUACUUUGACCUCCACUACUCCCUACAGGCCAGUAACACAAAGGCUAAAAAGCUAUUCUAAUCCUCCCAAUAGCAAAAGUAAUGCUCCCGUCUCAAUUAAUGCCAUCCUUAACACUCUCAGCCACUCCUUUUCUACCACAGCUUCUGGUAUGAAAACUACAAUUUUAACUCCUACAGAAAGUGCUUUAACCAGCACUCAUUUAACAAAAGUAACUACAAGAAGUACACUUUUGUCUACUACUACAACAAUGGAAACAAGAGAUGCCAAAGCAUUACCAAGAAGCAAAGAAGCAACUGGCCCAUUUGACCACCGUGUGAAUAAUGAAAAGCAGAGACAAAUGACUACUGAUUGGAAAAACCAUGGAGUUAAUACUAUUCCAGAUUUACAGAGAAACCGGUUUCAUCAGCCUCCCUCGUCUCUCCCUGCUUCUCCAAGGGCUCCCGUUGUAAAUUCUAAACCAAGGAUUGCAGACCCUCACAUCAGAAGAGUGUCGGUACCAGCAGGGAGCAUGGCCAGGUUGACUUGCGAAGUUCAAGGAGUACCUAAACCUUCAAUCACAUGGACUAAAGUACCUAAAGGAGCAGUAAUGUCAAUCCACUCCAGGGCUCAGCGGUUUGAAGUCUUGCCAAACGGCACCCUUGUUAUCCAGAAUGUACAGGUGCAGGACAAGGGAACAUAUAUCUGCAGUGCGACCAGCUAUUUGGGCCGUGACAGGUUGCUUACUAUACUAGAAGUCUGGACUCGCCCUCCUCAUAUGCAACUGAUGACUUACAGGGAAGUUACCAUUCAUCAGGGUGGACAGGUUCACCUGAAGUGCCAAGCAGAUGGUGCUCCCAGCCCUCUGCUCUCCUGGGUUUUGCCUAAUGGCUCUACCUUAACAUCCAUUAGCACCUUUCCUAAUCGAUUCCGUAUGGACACCAAUGGAACCCUUUACAUCUCUGUAGCAUUACCAGCUGACCAAGGAGUGUAUCGCUGUGUAGCAUCCAACUCAGCUGGUGCAACAAGUGCUACAGUUCGUCUGUAUGUGUCCUCAUUGCCCCCGGUUAUUCAGCAACCUAGGGAGGAGCACUUGCGUUUUGCUGUAGGUUGGCCUGUUUUUGUUCACUGUUCUGCCCGAGGAUCCCCAACACCAACUCUUCUUUGGCAAAUUCCUGAUGGAAAACUUGUUCGCCCAUCCCAGUUUCUUCAUGGAAACCUUUUUGUCUUGCCAAAUGGGACACUGCACAUUCGUAAUUUGGGGUUAAAAGACACUGGGAGUUAUGAGUGCACUGCCACUAAUGCUAUAGGGACUUCGAAGAGGACAGUGAUGCUAGAUGUUCAAGAUGAGGAGGCAAACAGCCAGAACACAUCUAAUUCAUCUCUUUUUAACAAAUCCAGAACAUCACUAAUCCCGAGCCAACCUUCAGAUACAUUCAGUUCGACUAAAUUCUCUCUUUUAAAUAUCUCUGACAGAACUAAGAACUUGACAGUCGGCCCUUUCCCUAUCUCAUUUCCGACAAUCAAUAAAAAAGUAAAAGAUUACCAACAAAAUUUUACAAACAACAGAAGUAAAAAUAAUUUUUCAGUUUUCUCACCUUCUACUUUACUAACAAAUAACACCAAAGUAUCACCCAGUGUAAACAGCACAAGAGUAACUUCCUCUUCCACUGCUGGAAAAAAACCCUUGGCUUUUUGGCAAACCCAACCUGUCUCUCCCUUCACUAAAGCUCGGAUUGUCUCUACAUCUCCAUUCACCUCUACUGUUAACUAUGGGGGGAGUUUGAAUCUUAACUGCUCUGUAAUCGGAUACCCUUCUCCAACCAUUAUAUGGAGAAUCCCCACCAGGAAGCUAGUGGACAUGCAUUACAGUUUUGACCAACGUCUAAAGGUGCAUCCUAAUGGCACGCUGUCAGUCCAUGCAGUAACACAGAAGGACAGUGGAGACUACCUGUGUAUUGCACGCAACAAAGUUGCUGAUGAUUAUAGGAUUCUACGUGUCUCCGUGGCCACAAAACCUCCAACAAUUGAGCCAAAACAGCCGGUCAAUCAGACAGUGUCAAUUGGAGAACCUCUAAAGGUAGACUGCCAGGCCUCUGGAUUGCCUCAUCCAGCUGUGCGUUGGAACUUACCAAAUGGAACCAUUUUGAACAGUGUGCUGAUUGCAGACAACAAUAGGGGUCAAAAACAGCAAAUUACUGUUUUUGACAAUGGGACAUUACUUGUUCCAGCAGUUGGUAUAGAAGAAGAAGGAGAGUAUAUGUGCUAUGCUGAGAACCAGGCAGGCCAAGAUACCAUGAAGAUCAUAGUAAGGGCCAUGAGGACAACUACACCGAACUUCAUUGUUGACAAAAAACACCAUUACAUCAAAGUACGGCAGGGAGAAACGGCAACAAUUCCUUGCCUGACCAAAGGAGACCCUGCUCCAACAGUAACAUGGCUUUCUCCAGAACUCCUUGUUAUCCCACAGAGUUUGGGUUCUGGCCCCUAUUCUGAACGUUUUGUGGUUGCUUCAGAUGGAACUCUAAAAGUGCAUUCCGCCCAAAGUAUUGACUCUGGAAAUUACACUUGUCAAACAAGCAACUCAGCUGGGAUUAAUAGCAUUGUUGUGAACUUGGAUGUGGAGCCGUCUACUGAUAGAAUUAUGGGACAGGUGGUGAAAGGACAAGGUAUCAAGAAACCUGAUGGGUAUAAUAGCGUAAUUACUAUAAGAAAUAUCCAAUCUCAGUCUAAUGUAAUUGAAGACAAGAUCAGAAACAACAGUUAUAGCAAUAAUAGUAGAAUAAGAAACUUAUUUCCAAACAGCUAUGCCAACUCAUUAUUUAGUGCUUCCAAUCCUACUCUGAGAGGUUAUGGUCAACAUGGAUUUAAAAGUCCUGUGCAAGGAUUUACAACGCCACAAGGUAAUGUUGGGAUAAGAGUUAGGACAAACGAGGCAGAAAACAUAGGUAUUAGGAUAGACAGCACUGAAUUAAAUAGAAGCACAGCUAGCAUUCAGAGUAGAAGUGGUCAUUUGGAUCACAGAGAAAGUGUACAUAGAGGAGAAAGUGCUGAAAGAAAUCCUGAGACGAAUAACAAUGAAGUCAUUGCAGAAAAGAAGAGUAUUGAUACUAUUAUCAGCAGAGACAACAGCAGGUUACCUGUUAUUUCAACAAAUGGUCAAAGCAUUAGGGGUAUGUUGCCAAGUAAUGGAGCUGGUACAAGCACAGUAAAAGGACGGGAUUUCAACAGAAAUAGACAUUUAGGGGUGAGCAUUGAUAGUAGGAGAAACGGCAUUUCUUCAAGAAGCAAUUCAGACAGAGGUCUGAGUGGUGGGAGGACAACAAAGCAGCGAGCAGUUAAAGGCCAGACUGUCACUUUACCAUGCCCAUACCAAGGUCAUCCUCCACAGCGUUUGGCCUGGCUUCGGCCUGGGAAUGGCAUGCUGCCAGCCCCUUACUAUGGGAACCGACUUACCGUGCACCAUAACGGCUCCUUGGAACUUCGGAAUGUACAAGUGAGUGAUAGCGGGACUUUAAUUUGCAUUGCAAAAACUGAAGGAGGUGACACUUUGAUGCGGAUUCAGCUUCAAGUUUUUGAAUCAUUUGUGGAAAUGAGUUCAGGUCAAGAAGUGGAAAAUAAAGCUCGAAAGGAAAAUUUAAAUUCUACCCAGACUUCAAACUUAAGAACUGUAUCGUCUGUACAACAUCAACAGAGUCACUUAGGUUUUUCUGACAUUCCUCACGUUAUAAACUCUUCAGGAACCUCUAGUUCGGUCUCCACACCCAUGGUAAACACCAGAACAGCCCCUGUAGUGAGCACCAUUGAUGGAGAGACCCUUCGCCUCCUUUGUCCUGCAUCUCAUACCAGCGGCUCUUUUACAUGGAUGAUGCCCGGUGGAAAGAUGUUAUCUAGGGGUGACAAUGUUGACCAAGGACGUUACGUGGUGCAAGAAGAUGGAACACUGAUAAUCAAACAGGUGUCUGUGUAUGACAGAGGCAACUACAUUUGCAGGUUUUCCAGUCACGACCCUGCCUCUGUCUCAAUCACCACAGUUCCUGUCAUUGUUAUCGCCUACCCUCCCCGCAUUUCAGUCGGCCCUUUGCCUGUGACCUACACGACAGCUGGUGUUGCUGUGGAGCUGCCUUGCCUGACCAUAGCCACCCCACGGGCAACAGUUUCUUGGGAAACACCAGACCUUACACAGCUCACUGUGAUGGGUCGGCCUCGUAUUUAUGGCAACCUCUACCUGAGCCCUAAUGGUUCUUUAUUGAUACAGAACCCAUCACAUAGAGACACAGGAUUUUACAGAUGCAUCGCCAAAAAUGUAAUAGGAGUGGACAGCAAGGCAACCUACCUGCAUGUUAUGUAAAUGGAUCUAGCAAUCAAAUACACAAAAACCCUUUAAAUAUCGAAGCAGGGGAAAAUAGACUCAAACUUUUAUAAGAUGCCUAUUUAUGUUUCCCUGGUGCCCAAAGGAACUGCAAAUAUCUGCUCCUGACGCACUGCUGAAUUUCUCCUGAACAGAGAAUUUACCUCAAAGGUAAUGCUGGUGUAUAGUGUUGCAAAUGAUGGAGUGUUUCAUGAGGUAAUGCAGUUCUUGCUGAUGAAAUGUCUGAAUAAUCAAGCAGUUUGCGGUAAAGACAGUCUUAUAUUUUUGUCAUUAAGGGUCAACAGUUUACAUGUUUUAGAUGUGUCUCUACUUCAAAACAGCUCAUCUAAAAGCCUGAAUUUACUCCUCAGACUGUUUUAAUCUGUUUUCAAGCCCAAGUAAAGAGUUCCAUACACAUAAUUUUUUCUUAUUUUAUUUUUCUCUGGGUGGAGUUCACUUUCACUAUGUCUGUCUCUUGUUUUUACAACCCUUUUAAGGUGGCGAGAGAUGUUUUCCUUUCUGUUUAAGUAAACCAAGUUGUUAUUCUCCCCCAUGUUAAAAAAUAAUUAUAGCUUAAACCAAAAUACUAAUCUUUACCAUACAGAUAUUAGAGAUGCUUAAUCUCUUAAGAUUGAAAUCCUGGUGUGAAUAAUCAAUUGGACUUCCUCUUUUGUUUUGUUUCAGACUCUGUGUGUGUUCAGCUAAGUCAUUUUUUUCUAAAACCAAAAGCAUUUUAAAUAUCCCAAGGGGAAAUACACUUUUCCUUUAUAAUUCAAAAUAAAUGAUAAGUAAUGCAAAAUCCAUGAAGAGGGAACCUUUUUUUGUUAAACUCCUUAGACAUUGAUAUACAGAGACAUUGUUCACAUCAACAUGAAUUGUUGCCUGGGCAGAGAUUCUGAUUUACAAUUGCAUCAGAAACUUAAAUAACUCUGGUAAAGAGACUUCUUUCAAAUCUCUAUUCAAAUCUCUGACUCUUGCCAGACAGUAUAGUUAAGUAAGGCAAAAUGAUUUAAAGGACUUCUGUAACAACAUAUUAACCUAUGGAAUUCCAUCGAAAAAAACAACAUAAUCUGUGUGCAGGUGUGUUGGUGUUGUGGGAUAUGAUUAAAUAAAGCAAAAUAGCUUUCUUUAGUGAUUAAGGUGAUUAACCUCUUAUUAACUUUUGACAGCCAUUUGCACCCUUGCAACCCUCUCCACCUAUUUGUUUAAGCUAAAUGUUGCAAACGAGGAAAUGCUUAGAAAUUAUUAGACGGAUAGCUGAACUUUAUGUUAUUAAGAUCAACAAUGAGUGGGGACAGGGGGUGCUAUAGUUCUGAGUGUAGUUGAUUUUUUAAAACUAAAUUUAGAAAUUGGAUUCAAUUAUUAUAAAACAGGGACCGAUAUGAAGGUAUGAAAUCUUAUUUGUCAAAAUAAGAUUUUUUGCAUCUUUAUUUAUUCCCUCUUAAAUAUUUUUUAUUAUUAUUAAAUUCUACAGGAUUUAUGUAACAAUAAAGUGGAAAAAGUUCUUAAUUAAAUAGCUUUAACUUGGACUUAAAUAUAUUUUAGAUCCAAAUUAAUUUAUUUUUGCUAUGAUGCCAUUCUCAGUUGUUUUUUUACAGGCUUGAGUUUUUAAGUUUUACAGACCAGAAAGGUUAAUUCAUUAUUAGUUCAUUUACUUGGAAAGUAAACUCCUGCAGUUGAAGCCACUCAAACAUUAAUUUCACAGAGGAUACUAAGCCUUCACCAGAGCAAAUGAAUGAUCUGCUUAAUACAGUUAUAAGGUAACAUAAUUAUUGUUUACUGUUGUGUAAGGCAAAACACACUGAGAUACAUUUCAUAGCAAUGGUAAUAUAUACAUAACUUAUCUAAUUUGUGACAAUAAAGUAACACAAUCUUUUAUUGUGCCCAAAGAGCCAUGGUUGUCUGGAUUAGUUUUGAAAAAAACUAGCCUUUCUGUAAUUAUGUUCAGACUCAUCCUGGACAGCAUGCAGAUUCAGAUUUUUUUAAAACAGAAGAAAAUAUGUUAGAAAAGUAUCCAGAGGAGUGUAGCUGUGACCUUAACACAUUUUAUCUAAAGCUUUAUGAAACAGAGUCACUAACUAACAAAGUCAGGUCUUAAUAACAAGCUUUAUGCUUUUUUGGUUUUUGGUGGUUUUUGUGUAUCCACAACUAUUUCCUCGUUUAAAUGUGACAAAAUAAUAAAUAAAAAGGAAAAAAAAAAAAAACUGAAACAGAAAGAUUAUCUUGACAUUUGGCUUUCUUGGUAUUUGAUUUAUUUCUUCUUUCUACUGCAAAUUGAACCACAUAGAUUUGUUAAUAUUGUGCAGAUGAAGCAAAAAUGAACACAAAGGGACUGCUGUAAGGGCGCUGUUUGACAAUUCUGUAGGUGCAGGAGAUUCAUGUUAAGAUCUAAACAGUACAGAAACCUCUGCAGUAAAGUUAUUUCGCUUACAGUUCUCAUCAUUGAUGAAACAUAAUGGCAUUUGGUACAAAGCCUUAUUUAAAGUACUUUUGUAUUUCGACUAUUAAUUCUCCAAGUACAAAUAUUAAAGUUUAUUUACAUAUAUUUGUGUUUCAUUUAACUCCACCAAGAUUGUGCACAAAUUCAACUACGAUAUUUGUGUUUUCUCAUUUUUUUGUUUUAUUUAUUUCCUAUUACAAUAAAUUAUUUGUCUUUUAAAACCUCACUUUAU